AUGCACCCUCCCAUUUUUUAUGGUCGUGGCGACCCGACCUUAGCUGAGGAUUGGAUCCAGGACAUUGAGGAGGUACUCCGUGUCUUGAAUUGUAUUGACAAACAAAAAGUAUUGUACUCCGCCUUCAAGCUCACCGGUGAGGCUAAACGAUGGUGGAUAUCGGAGAGAAGCAUCAGGGAAGCUGAUGGGAGGGGAGUGGGUACUAUGACGGUGCACCAGUAUGCGGCCAGAUAUAUUGAACUAUCACGCUUUGCCUUAUAUCUGAUACCCGAUGAGGAGAAGAAGACCCGAAAAUUUGAGGAGGGACUAAAUAACCAGAUUUAUGAGCGAGUGGAGCAGAGGAAGGGGUCGAAACUAUUAGGGUUUCCCUCGAACGAGGACCAAGAACCAUGGAAGAGGAUGAAGUUAGUGAACAACCCAGGCCAGAGACAAGUGCAGGACAAUCAACGGAAUAACUCCUGCAAGUCAUGCGACGUAGUACACUUUGGGGAUUGCAGAAGGAGAACUGGACGGUGUUUUCGAUGUGAAAAGCAUAGCCACCUCGUCAGAGAUUGUCCAAAGCAACCAGAUGGGAGCAUGAACCCCAACCCGCCUCAGAGGACUGGUUUCACGGAACGAGACAGGAAGCAACACAACACAGUGUAG